AAAGAGUUGAAAAUCCACGCACCAAACCCAGAAGAAUCAGAAGACACUUCUUUCAAUCAGACCCCUUUAUCCUUCUCGGAAAUUCUCCUGUUGAAUGGGUUAUCUUCCAGAACCCCUUCCUUGAAGAGAAGCCAUAGCAAAGAGAGAACUUCGAAGAACCAUGGCCAUGGCAGUGGAAGUGGCCAUGUGGAUUGCGAAGAUGGUGUGGAUAGCUCUAAGCGGCUGGAUUUCUUCGUGUUUGACUGUUGCUGAUGAGGUUGCUUCAUCUCUUCGCUCUGGUGAUAUUGGUCCCUUCCAUGUCGGUUGAUCCAAGUUGCAGUCUUUCUAGAAAGCAUUUUUAAGGGUUUUGCUUAUGAGCAAUUUGUGACAGCAUUGUGCAUAUGUUAUGGGAUGAUUCGUUGGUCAAAGAAGGGAGAACCUUAAUUUUCUCUAUGUUAUGGCUUUUUUUUUUUUCCUUUUCUUGUCCUUUCUUUGUAUGUGUGUAUUGAGGGGAGAGGGGGAUAGAUGAAAGGACUUAAUCUAUAAACAUGAGUUUUACAAACACUCUUUACCACUAAUUGGGACAGUGUUACUACAAAUUAUUGACGAAUUAGAUCAUGAAGUGAAUGUUUUGGUGUGUCUGCUGCAGUAAGAACAUAAAGCUAUCAGAAAAAUGAUUCAUUGUAGGAUGACUCGUCAUGUAAAAGGAAUAAACACAGUGAGUAAAAUGAAAUUUAAAAGGAUGCUGCUUCUUCAUUAUAUGUGGAUCUUGGUGGUAUGUACAUUGUUAACACCUGGAUUCUGAUUCACUUCAUGCCUACACUACAACACAAGUCUAUGUCAAUGUCAAUGUCACAUUUGUACUUUUUGUAAUUACCAUAUGGCCAUAGCAAUUGUUUGCUGACUAUCGUUAUGAUGUAGUUGAUACACAUUUGCUUUUUCUGUUAUCCAUGUGAGAAAUGAAAUUGUAGCAAAUACAAAGUCUUAAAAAAAUUUAAACUAAUGAGUUACUUUUUAGAACUUA